AUGAGCUCUCUAGUCUUCGUGGUCUCCUCUCUCGAGGGCAUCGCCGCGUCCAAGGAGGCUCAGAGGAACAAGCAGCUCGCCGAACUCGCCGAGAAGGCUGUCAAGGCCAUUAAGGAAGGGGGCUCCCAACUGCCCGAGCCCAACGUCGUCUUUGCGCCUUUACAGCUCGCCACAAAGAGCGGCAGCAGCCAAUUGAUCAACACCGCUCUCGACUCCAUACAGAAGCUCAUAUCCUCGUCCUACUUCUCCGUCCAUGCCACGAAUGGCGCAGCCGAGGAGGAUGGGACCGAGCGAGCCCCCAUAAUAGAUCGCGCCAUCGACACCAUAUGUGACUGCUUUCAAGGAGAGACCACACCCGUCGAUGUUCAGCGCCACAUCGUCCAGGCCCUAUUGGCUGCCAUUUUGAACGACAAGAUCGUUGUUCAUGGCGCCGGCUUGCUCAAGGCUGUGCGCCAGGUCUACAAUGUCUUCUUGUUGUCGCGGAGCACCGAGAAUCAGCAAGCCGCCCAGGGCACUCUGACACAGAUGGUCGGCAUGGUAUUCGAGCGCGUGCGGACGAGGUUACACAUGAAAGAAGCUCGCAUGGACCUGGAGAAGCUCAAGCACAGUUCCAGUGAUGGCACCUUUGACCAGGCCGAAUCCCUGGCCAACGGGAAUGGAGCAGCCCCCGACGAUGACGAGUCGCCAGAUGGUGCGUCCACCGAAGAAGUAUCCGAGACCACCCCGUCCGAGUCUACGAACGAUGGAGUCGGCAAGUUGACCCUGAAGGACCUCGAGAACCGGAAGAGCUUCGAUGAUUCGAACAUGGGAGACGGCCCAACCAUGGUGACACAGUUGAAGACCGGGAAGAAGAAGGAAGGGAGCGUAUCCGGGAGCGUAUCGGGACAGACGAUGCCACCGACCGAAGCAGAAGAAGCCGUAGACUCUCUCGAGGCCGAGGAUGAGGUCUACAUCAGAGAUGCCUACCUUGUCUUCCGCUCCUUCUGCAACCUAUCCACCAAGGUCCUCCCUCCAGACCAACUAUACGACCAUCGAGGUCAACACAUGCGCUCCAAGCUCAUAUCACUACACCUAAUUCGCACCCUUUUGAAUAACCACAUCCACAUUUUCACUUCACCCUUCUGUACUAUUACCAACACCAAGAGCAAUGAACCGACGAGCUUUCUUCAGGCCAUCAAAUUCUACCUUUGUCUUAGCAUCACGAGGAAUGGGGCUAGUUCCGUGGACAAGGUUUUCGAGGUGUGCUGCGAGAUUUUCUGGCUGAUGCUGAGAUUCAUGCGAGCGCCCUUCAAGAAAGAGAUAGAAGUCUUUCUCAAUGAGAUAUAUCUAGCCCUGUUGGCUCGACGGACCGCACCUCCGUCCCAGAAGCUCUAUUUUGUCAACAUUCUGACCCGGUUUUGUGGUGAUCCCCGAGGAUUGGUCGAGAUGUAUCUGAAUUACGACUGCGAUUCGCAUGUCGACAACAUCUUCCAAACCAUCAUUGAGGAUCUCUCAAGACUUGCAAUAACUCCUGUUGCAGUCACUGCAGCUCAGGAGCAGCUUUUCGAGGAGAAAAACUCCAACCCGAACAAUAGCUCGGAAUGGCAGUUGAAGGGCAUGCUGCCCCCGCCUCUCAACGUGAGGGAUAUCGUUCCCUUUAGUGAGCCCGAGCCCGAGAUACCCAAGGAGUACGUUAUGAAGCGGUCCGCUUUGGAAUCGCUGGUCGAGGCCUUGCGAUCCCUUGUCAACUGGUCCGUUGCUGGGCGCCCUGAUAUAAAUGGUGCAGCUCAAGAUGGCGACAUUCGAGCGUCUGCAGAUGACAUUCGCGAAUCCAUCGAGCCAUCUGUCGCCGAUAGCAAUUCACGCCUAGACACUCCGAUCCCUCCUUCUACUCCUAUUAUGGACGACGAUCCAGCCCAAUUGGAGAGAGAGAAAGCACGAAAGACAGCCCUCUCCAAUGCCAUCCGGCAAUUCAACUUCAAGCCGAAGAAGGGAAUCAAGCUCCUACUCCAGUCAGGGUUCAUCCCCACAGAUAGCCCUGAGGACAUAGCGAAGUUUUUCAUCUCUGACGAUCGUCUUGACAAGGCCCAGAUCGGCGAGUACCUCGGUGAGGGUGAGCCGAAGAACAUCGAAAUCAUGCAUGCCUUUGUCGACACCAUGGAUUUCAGCCGGAGGCGCUUUGUCGAUGCUCUGCGACAAUUUUUGCAGUCCUUCCGUCUGCCUGGCGAAGCCCAGAAGAUUGAUCGCUUCAUGUUGAAGUUCGCUAAUCGAUAUGUCAUGGGCAAUCCAAAUGCCUUUGCAAAUGCCGACACUGCCUAUGUUCUUGCCUAUUCGGUCAUCAUGUUGAACACCGACUUGCAUAGCAGCAAAAUUGCCAGACGCAUGAGCAAGGAAGACUUCAUCAAGAACAACGGAGGGAUCAACGAUAAUGCCGAUCUGCCGCCGGAAUACCUGCUCGAGAUAUACGACGAGAUUGCUGGCAACGAAAUCGUACUCACCAGCGAGCGGCAGGCCGCAGCCCUCGCGGGUACUGUGCCUGUACAGUCAACUAGCUUUGCUGCCGGGCUUGGUCAAGCACUCUCGAACGUCGGCAGAGAUCUCCAACGCGAAGCAUACGUGCAACAGUCCGAAGAAAUAUCUCUGCGUUCCGAGCAACUCUUCAAGAACCUAUUCAAGAACCAGCGAAAGAAUGCUGCCAGAGCCGGGAUCAAAUUCAUCCCGGCAACCUCUUUUAAACAUGUUGGCCCAAUGUUCGAUGUGACAUGGAUGUCAUUCUUUUCUGCCCUGUCCAGUCAGAUGCAGAAGGCACAGAACCUGGAGGUCAACAAGGUAUGCCUGGAAGGGAUGAAGCAGGCCACCAAGAUCGCGUGCUUGUUUGAUCUAGCCACUCCGCGAGAAGCGUUCGUGUCCUCUCUGAAGAACAUCACGAACCUCAACAAUCCUCAGGCAAUACUGGCCAAGAAUGUUGAGGCGUUGAGAGUGAUUUUGGAGCUGGGCCAGACAGAAGGCACCUACCUGAAAGACUCUUGGAAAGAUAUCCUCAUGUGUAUCAGCCAGCUCGAUCGACUGCAGCUGAUCACAGGCGGCGUUGACGAGGGAUCCAUUCCCGACGUGUCAAAAGCGCGCUUCAUGCCAACAGGGAGGACUAGUCCGAACGAAUCCCGAAAGUCUACAGCCUCCGCGCGCCGCUCAAACAGGUCGAAUCCAGGUGCGAGAGGUUUCUCUAUGGAGAUUGCGCUGGAAAGCCGGUCGGACGAAGUGAUCAAGAGCGUCGACCGCAUCUUCAGCAACACAGCGCACCUCAACGGUGAAGCCAUCGUCCACUUCGCCAAGGCUCUCACCGAGGUCAGCUGGGACGAGAUCAAAGUGUCAGGCUCCAACGACUCUCCCCGAACAUACAGCUUGCAAAAGAUUGUGGAGAUCAGUUACUACAACAUGACGCGAGUACGUUUUGAAUGGACCAACAUCUGGGCUGUUUUGGGCGAGCACUUCAACAAGGUGGGGUGUCAUGCCAAUACGGCAAUCGUCUACUUUGCUCUCGACUCACUGCGGCAGCUGUCGAUGCGCUUCAUGGAAAUCGAGGAGCUUCCCGGCUUUAAGUUCCAGAAAGACUUCUUGAAGCCCUUUGAACACGUCAUCGCGAACUCCAACAACCUUACUGUCAAAGACAUGGCUCUGAGGUGUCUGAUCCAGAUGAUACAAGCUCGAGGGGAGAAUAUUCGAUCCGGUUGGCGAACCAUGUUUGGUGUCUUCACUGUUGCGGCACGGGAUCCCAACGAGGCCAUUGUCAACCUGGCAUACGAAAACGUCGUAUUUGUCUACAAGACGCGUUUCGGCGUUGUGAUUUCCCAGGGUGCAUUCACGGACCUCGUUGUCUGCCUCACCGAGUUCUCCAAGAACAUCAAGUUUCAGAAGAAGAGUCUGCAAGCAAUGGAGACCUUGAAGUCCAUCAUACCUCGGAUGCUCAAGACACCGGAAUGCCCGCUGGCGUCAACCACUAAUGCGGCUGCCAACAGUUCAAAGUCGCAAGAAACGCUGUCAAGGCAACAAAGUGGCACAUCACUCGAGGAAGGGUUCUGGUUCCCGAUAUUGUUCGCCUUCCACGACGUGCUGAUGACCGGAGAGGAUCUCGAAGUACGGUCGAACGCGUUGAAUUACUUCUUUGAAGCUCUCUUGCGAUAUGGCGGCGACUUCCCCCCAGACUUUUGGGACAUACUGUGGAGGCAGCAGCUGUACCCAAUCUUCAUGGUGUUACGGUCAAGGCCAGAAAUGUCCAAUGCCCUCACCCACGAGGAGUUGUCCGUGUGGCUUUCCACCACCAUGAUCCAAGCUCUCCGCAACAUGAUCGUCCUCUUUACUCACUACUUCGAUGCGCUGGAGUACAUGCUGGACCGCUUCCUUGAAUUGUUGGCUCUCUGCAUUUGCCAAGAGAACGACACUAUAGCCCGGAUUGGCAGCAACUGUCUGCAGCAGCUCAUUCUCCAGAACGUGACAAAGUUUGACGAAGGCCACUGGUCAAAGAUUGUUGGAGCUUUCUGCGAGUUGUUCGAGAGGACCACAGCAUAUCAACUCUUCUCUGCUGCCACAAUCAACGCCCCUGCCGCUCUGUCACCACCACCACCGAAUGGUCUUGGUUUUGAGGUGCCAUUGACGCCCACAAGCGAGGCCACACCAGACGAGAAUUCGCUCAGAAUCAAUGUUACCGACAAGAUUGGCAGUAGCUCUGCAGCCGAGACAGCAUCUAUAACCACGCCUCAGACGCCCACGUUGGACGACUCGCUUCGAACACCAACGAGCACCACCGCGUCAAGUCAACUGGAGGAUUUCAAGCCUGCGUCGUCACUGCAGCAGCAGCCCGUGGUUGUGACGGCUGCCCGGCGGCGCUUCUUCAACCGCAUCAUCUCUCGUUGUGUCUUGCAGUUACUGAUGAUCGAGACGGUCAACGAGCUCUUCUCCAACGAUGCAGUAUACGCACAGAUUCCUUCUAUGGAACUACUGCGCUUGAUGGCGCUUCUGAAGAAGUCGUUCCUCUUUGCCAGGCGCUUCAACGAAGAUAAGGACUUACGCAUGCGGUUAUGGCGAGAAGGAUUCAUGAAACAGCCACCCAACCUGCUCAAGCAGGAGAGUGGGUCGGCAGCGACAUACAUCCAGAUCCUGUUCCGGAUGUUUGGUGAUACGUCAGCAUCGCGUGCAGAGAGUCGGCCCGAAGUUGAAAAGGCUCUCGUCCCGCUGUGCAAGGAUGUGAUCAAGGGAUAUCUGGCGCUCGAGGAGGACUCGCAGCAGCGUAACAUUGUGGCGUGGCGGCCCGUCGUUGUCGAUGUGCUCGAAGGAUACUCAACGUGGCCGGAGAAGGAAUUCGCUAAGCAUGUACCAACAUUCUACCCUUUGGUCAUCGAGCUGCUUGGCAAGGAGGUCAGUGCGGAGUUGAGGACUGCGUUGCUAGCCGUGCUGAGGAGAGUGGGUGAGGUCGGACUGGGAAUCGAGGGCAUGACUGCGAGUGGUCGGCGAGAGAGCGUCAGCAGUACGGCUGCUCUCGAGACGCCGACGGCCGCGACAUCGGAGCUGGACCACGUGGAAGAGGAUGGAGAAAUGGGUACAAGGACCCUAAAGACCUGA